AUGGCCGUGGCGUGCCGCGACGGCCACCUCCAGUACUUAACGAUGGCUUCUGCCUUCGUUCCGGGGAUGUGCUUUGACCAGCAAUGCCAAGCAGCAAUGGACAAGGCCUUCGUGGUGGCCAUCGGCAUUCCAUUGUUGGUGGCCAUCGCCUCCAUAGCCUACCUGCUGCGUCCGGUCCCCAAGGAACUGCAAGAAAAGGAUGAAAUAUUCGAGGACCCCACAACAGGAUUCGUGUUCCAGGCGCCAGAGGGAAGUGCCCCAGAAAGGGACAGGAAGGGAGAGCUUGUGUUUCGAGCCAUAUCCUACACACCGUGGCCAGUUGCAGACGGGGAGGAGGGGGAGCGUGUGCGAAUUAAUGUGGGGUCCGUAAACAACAAGGAGCCAAGGACAUUUGUGUUCGGCAAGAUACUGCGGGGCCCGUCCAAGAUCAUUCGCGCGUCCCUGCCUCGGCCCAUGGGCAUCGACUUUGUUGAGGACGCCAAAAAUCAAAGGGUGGCGGUGGGCGGAUUCCUGCCGGGCGGAGAGGCCGAGCGCCGGGAGAAGGUUGCCAGCGUCGAUCCUGCUCUCAGGGACACUGUACCCAAGGAAGGCGACGUCCUUCGAGCGAUCACGUGCACCAACUUCGUGUACCCGACCCGGGCGCUCUUCGGCGCAGCUCCACCGGAGAGGCACAUAGUGGUGUACGGCGCGGACGGCAUGAGGUGGCCCGCCGUGGUGGCGGCCAUGAGGAAGGGAGACAAGAGGGACGGAGACGUGACCCUAAUACUAGAACGGCAGAUAUCAGGAGACGAAGAAAUUAGGAAGGAAACGGGAAAUGAAGGGAAGGGGGAUGGAGAAGAAACCAAGGAGAUGUCGAGGGAAUGA